GGUAGGGUAGGGCAGGGCAGCCGCUGGACUGAGACUGAAACGGACCCUGUUAACCUGCGCUGAACAAAUCAACGCACUGGAACACCCGACCCUGUGCUGGACAACACAACACAACACAGCGCAUCGCAACGCAACGCAUCGCGCACCGGAUUUAUUGGAGACUCGAAUCAGACCCUCUCACAGCGUUCGGUCUCAGGCUCCAGACACUCGAGGAAACCCGAGGAGAGUUGGGUGUCGAGGGUCAAACAUCCCUGACCUGAGGCUCCAUUCAACUAACAAACCUAAAGCCACAAGGAAAGACCUUCCAGAUUAAGAGGGUCUCCCCAUCUCUCUCUCUCUCUCUCUCUACCUCUCUCUCUCUCACUCUCUCUUUCUCAAGAACUGGACUCCAGAUCUCCUGCGCUCCUCCAGGGGUUUUUACUCCCAUGAGAAGGCGCACCACCACCGGACUCCGUGAAGGUUUCUCAGCAAACGGGACGCGAGAAGUACAACAUGGGAUCGUUGAGGAACAUCUGGAGAGCUCGGAAGUUGCUGCUGGUCAUCCUGAUCCCUCUGCUGUUGCUUCCCUUACCUCUGCUCUACCCGGACAACCCAGAGGCAUCAUGUGCCUACGUUGUGAUAGUGACUGCUGUAUAUUGGGUGUCUGAGGCAGUACCACUUGGUGCAGCAGCGAUGGUACCAGCAUUCCUUUUCCCGCUGUUUGGUGUUCUGAAGGCCAGUGAAGUGGCCUCGGAGUACUUCAAGGACACAACGCUUCUGCUGAUCGGGGUUAUCUGCCUGGCCGCUUCCAUUGAGAAGUGGAACCUACACAAGAGGAUCGCCCUCCGCAUGGUGAUGAUAGCGGGCGCCAAGCCGGGCAUGUUGGUGUUAGGGUUCAUGUGCUGCACCGUGUUCCUGUCCAUGUGGCUCAGUAACACCUCCACCACAGCCAUGGUGAUGCCCAUCGCUGAGGCCGUCCUGCAGCAACUCAUCAACACCAGCUUGGAGUCUGAUGUGGAGCUGGCGGUGAUCACAGACACAGACAGUGCGGAAGAUACCUACAGCAGCUCAAGCUCCCAAAAGUAUGUAGAAGAGGAGAAUGAAAAGAAACAGCUUGAGUUCAUCUUACUCAAUGAAAAUGGAGCAAAGAACAACCAACUUGAUCUGCAGAUGCUGAGUCAGCCCAAGGAUCAGGAUGUUAAUGCUCUGACCUCACUGGUUGUUCCCAAUGGGCAAGUCAAACCUAAUGUGCUCCUUCCCCAGGGCCAAACCGAACUACCUCACUGUCCGACCAAGCUCAGUAAGGAGUACAGCAACAAAUAUAAAACCAAGCAUGACCACAUGAUCUGCAAGUGCCUGUCGCUCAGUAUCACAUAUGCAGCAACCAUUGGGGGCCUCAUGACCAUCACUGGCACCUCUACCAACCUCAUCUUUGCUGAGCAGUUUAACAGCCGCUACCCUGACGCACGCUCCAUCAACUUUGGAACCUGGUUUGUCUUUAGUUUUCCCAUCGCCAUCAUCAUGCUGGUGCUGACAUGGGUCUGGAUGCAUUGGCUUUUCUUGGGUUGCAAUUUUCAGGAAACUUGUUCUCUGAGCAAGAAAAGGAAGACAAAGCGUGAGGAGAUGUCCGAGAGAAGAAUUCAGGAGGAGUACGAGAAAUUGGGACCUUUCAGGUACCCUGAAAUGGUGACGGGAAUAUUCUUUGUGCUGAUGACUUUACUGUGGUUUACUCGGGAACCAGGCUUUGUGCCUGGGUGGACGUCACUCUUUGAGAAAAAAGGCUAUAGGACAGAUGCCACUGUCUCCAUCUUCUUGGGUUUUCUCCUCUUCUUGAUCCCUGCUAAAAAGCCAUCUUUACCUUGUUUUGGAAAGACAAACAAUGAAGAGGAAAGUGAUAAGGAAUCAAAGAGUCUGGAAAACUCUAAGGCCUGUGAGAUCUCCAACCCAUUGUCCCCACUGAUAAACUGGAAGGACUUUCAGAAGCACAUGCCCUGGGAGAUUGUCAUCUUGGUGGGAGGUGGCUACACUCUGGCUUCAGGCUGCAAGGUAUCUGGCCUCUCAGACUGGAUUGGAAGUCAGAUGGAGCCAAUGACCAGCCUCCCCCCGUGGGCUGUCACACUCAUUGCCUGCCUCCUGGUGUCGGUUGUCACUGAGUUUGCUAGCAAUCCUGCCACGAUCACAGUUUUCCUGCCCAUUCUCUCCACUUUGUCAGAAACUCUGCAGAUUAACCCCUUGUACACAUUGAUACCAGCCACAAUGUGUGUGUCCUUUGGAGUGAUGUUGCCUGUUGGUAACCCACCAAAUGCUAUCGUCUUCAGUUAUGGACACUGUCAGAUUCAGGAUAUGGUGAAAGCUGGCUUUGGGGUGAAUGUCAUCGGGGUGCUUGCCGUGAUGCUGGCCAUAAACACCUGGGGAUUCCCUCUUUUCCAACUGGAAGGAUUCCCAGACUGGGUUCUGGUCAAGAAUGUCACUGAAAGUUUUUAACAAAGGGGCAGAGCAAGAAACAUACUAGGAAUGCGUAACAACCAAAAAAAACAAGGAAGCAGCUAAAAAAAGAUUUGAUCCGUGAUCAUCUAUGAAGCCUGGUGCUGAGAAUCCAGCGAGAAUCACUGCUGAGAUUGUGCAGAGUGAGGAACUCAGUCAGCUCCCUGCCAUCUCCUCAUUCAACUCUUUGAGGACUGUCGCAGAACAUUCUCCCACCUUUUACAGGCUUCAAUUUUUGUUUAGUUUUUUUUGUAUUUUUAAUGUUUUCCGCUUUCUCCCUCUUCUGAAGGUGAUGACUUGUGGUGGUGGGUGAGGGUACAUUUCUGUGGCAGCCCUUCUGGUACCUCACACAAGUGGUUAUUCUUCAUGUGUAAGCCAAGACCAUUGGUAUUGACAAAUCAUUCUGCUCUGUGUGUGUGUGUGGUGGGGUGGGGAGAGGGAUUGGUGAUCAGAAUCACUGACUAGAUGUUCACACUUAUAGGUUUUUCAGGAGGUCCAGGGAUUGCGAUUAGGACCAGGAACCUUGACUGACAUGGACAUUGAGUUGGUAUCUCUAACACGCCACUCUCCCCCCAUGCCCACCCCCACCCACCCUGGUCUGAGAUCAUCCAUCUCAGCACAGUCCAAACUUGGGAGCUUCAUUCUAUGGUUGGUGCAUUUACUCACUGAGCCAUCAGAGUUUGAAGUCCCAUUUUAUUUUUUCCCCAAUUAUAAACCAGGAGGAUCUUAUCGUGCAGUUAAAAGUAUAAACACAGUAUGCUCUGAGAGCUGAAGCUGUCACCAAGCGUAUAGGGUACAGGAAGAGAGAUUGUUAUGGUUUGGGGCUACACUUUUGUAAUCACUCAUAUAUAUGUGUGCGGUCCUUUGUACAAGGUAUCCACAAAGUACUCUUACCCCUCUGUUAAAAAACAGUAAUAUGAGACCAGAGGAGUUAAAGCAAGCUGUCAUAGUAAUGCAUUUCACCUCCUCACUCCAUCAUGUUACAGAAGAUAUCGCACUGAACAUGGUGAUGGAUCAUUAUCUGCCAUGAAAAUGAUGGCUCUCAUACCGAUCCUAUGGAUGCCUGAAUUCAGUUAAACACUUGUUAAACACUGAAUACAAUUGAGUACUUCUAAAUACAAUUAUUAUCAUUCUUCCAAAUGUUUCUGUUAUUGGUCGAUGCUGUAGAAAAAAAACAUGGGGGUAACAGGUCUUAGUGGACAUCCUAUAAACAUGUAUUGUUUCAGCUGCCAAUGCACACAUGGGAUAUUUUGCUCCUGGCCUGAUUUUCUUGCUGGUGCCACAAAGGUAAAAUUAAAAAGCUUUAGAUUUUUCCAAGCUGAAAUUUAGAACAACAUCACAGAGCACUUGUCCCUGAGAUCAGUCAACGGUCAGAUGGUGCAGACAGUACUAUUUUAUGAAGGUAUUGGUCAUCACCUCAUAGAUUAGCUGUCUGAGGAGAGUUGCUCUCUGAAACAAAUUGGUUCACUCCUCAGCAGAAACAGCACCUGUUACACUGUGAGCUUAAUUUAAAAAAUCGUGUUUAUCUGCUUAGGCUGAAUAAAAUAAACUCACAAGAAGGUGAACCCAUUGGAAAUAUCUAAAGAUCUGAACCUUGAGAGAAGAAACAUAUCAAAAGUUUAGCUUAUUGCUUAACGUACCCCCCACCGCCAACUCCCUGCCAAUUUUUAUGCAGCAUAUAUGCACACUCUUUCCACUGCACUGCAUGCUGAAGACGUUUUGCUUCCACAAAACAUGGGAGUUGGGUGGGGUGUGUGGAGUUGAGUCCCUAUGUGAGAUAAACAUGCGCUGGGUGUCAGCGCCAGCGGAUUUCUGCUUAAGGAAGUUUCUAAUAGAACAAAGCUCUGAUUUCCUGACUGAACAAUGUGGAGUCAAUGCCUAAGCAACAACCACCCAAAGUCUCCUGAGAAACUGGUAACAAACACUGAGUUGGCCUGUGAGUGACAGGGCACUCUAAUAGUAUUUGAUGCAAAAGUGGAAGACUGCCCAUUCUCAAUGAACUUUGCAAAUGAUUGUCUUUGUAUUUUAGGGGUGAAAAUAAUAAAUUAUGUCUAAUUGUGAGGUUUGUUGUGCAGAGAGGCUGAGCUGGAGACCAGUUGCUUGGUCAGCUAUGAAUUUCCAGGCUUCUGGAUUGAUCUUCAUUGAAAGACACCAUUUAUUGAUUGGAGAAUACUUAAACCAGUUUAUAGCCAUUUGAUGUAAGGUAUGUGAAUUAAAUGUCUUGGGACAUCCUUUGCAACAUGCCAGUGCCGAAGAGGAUAGAAGGGCCAUUAUGAAUUCUUGAUAUUAUUUUAUUGAAUGAAAGAAGCAAAUCAAGGAUAAUCACUGAAGAUGAAUAUUUAUGAUAAUUUGGGGAUUUCAGUAUGAUGAAUAAAUAUCAAGUGUCACAAGUGUCA